AUGGGCGGCAAGGAUCCUGCAAAUAUAAUAACAGAUCAAGAUAUUGCGAUGAAGGCUGCUAUCGCAGAGGUAUUUGUCAGUUCAGUUCAUAGAAACUGCCGUUGGCACAUUAUGGAAAAUUCUAGGAAGACCAUGGGUGCUUUCUUGGAUAGCAAGGGGGAUGAGUUUGAGCAGAAGUGGCAGGCAUUUCUUGAUAAAUAUGAGCUCAACAAUGAUGAGAGGUUCCAACAUUUGUAUGACAUGAGACAUUGUUGGAUCCCUGCGUAUUUCAUGCAUCGUUUCUUCCCCUUCCUCCUAACAACAACACGGAGUAAAGGUUUCAAUGCUGUCCUGAAGCGCUAUGUCAACCCAAAGAACUCGAUACUCAACUUUGUCCAGCAAUAUAAGAAGAUACAACAAAGGAUUUUCAGCAAGCAAGAUUUGCAGGAGGCGGCCACAGCCAUGAAGCUAAGCUCGAGCUACUAUGUUGUUCGUGUUGAAGGGGAUGAUUUGAUAGAUGUUGUUCCGUACAAGCGUUGCCCCGAUCUGUUGUAUGAGACACGGACAUUCAGGGUCACAUCGUCCAAGGUGGAGGGCUUGUAUAGCUGCACUUGUUGCAAGUUUGAGAGAGAUGGAGUGCUUUGCUGCCACAUAUUGAAGGUUUUUGAUGCCUUUGCAGUCCGCGAGGUGCCUGAUCGGUACAUUCUCCCUCGAUGGUCAGUUGAGCCAGUGGUUGAUAGUGGGGUGGAAGUUGCCGCUAACGAGCCUUUUCAAGAAGCCCAGAUUAUAGAUCACAGGAAGCAUGUUAUACAUUACAGCAGGAUGUGCACAAACUUUAAUAAGAUUGUGAGACCUUUUAUGGCUGAUGACGAGGAGUAUGGCAUAGUCUCAAAACAAGUGAGUGCCCUACAAUCUAAGCUUGUUGCUUUGAGGAAAAGGUGA